AUGUCAAGUUUAGAGGAUGAAGUGAAUAAUACAUGGCAUGAAUUAUAUGAUAAUUUUGUUGAGAAGAAUAAUUUGAAGAAAGAUAAAGAAGUAUUGAAACAAAGAAAAGCACAACAGCAGCCUUCAAUAGAAGAUCAAAAUGAUACAGUUGAUAUUGAUCUUUCAUCAGAUCUACCAAAUUUAAGUAAAUUAAUUGAGUCACAAACAAUUGAAGAUCAAGAAAAAUUAAGCAAUGAACUUAAAAAUGCAAUCAUAAAAUUUUAUUGGGCUGGAUUUCAAUUGAGGAAAGAUAUAGAGAAAUCUGUUACUUAA